AUGUUAUCUGUUUCGCCAACCUUAGUUUGGGGCAGGUGGUUUUUGUAUAGUAUACAUUGGAUUCUCAUAUCUUUUUGAAACGCAUUGAAAUGUAUAAUUGUGAAUUGCCUCCCAGUUCGAAGAUUUUUCGACGAGCCAUGUGGUGGAAAAGAGAACAGUAUAUGUCUUUCCAUCCUCCUGAUGAUAAUUUUUCAGAAAGAAUGUCUGGACUUUAUCCUGCAUAUCCUGUUGGCCUCUGGAAUCCAUGGGCAUUCAAUAUAGAUAUGAAUAACGUGAAUUAUCCUGUAUUUCCACGUUUUGAAAGUGGUAGUAAGUUCUACAAGUCCCCGAAGAAAAAUGAUAAAACCAAUAACCCGAGGAUGAAUAAAAUUCCUGAAAAAGGUUUCCAGUCGCAAGGUCAAGUUGGUCCACAAUACAUGCCAUUACCAUCAAUUCAUCCUACAUGCUUCAGAAAACAAGAUCAGUUCAACCCAAGAUACAUUCCACCACCAGUACAUCCUUCAAGUUUUAAACAUCCAGAGCAGUUUAGCCCAAGGCAGACACCACUUCCAAUUCCACGUUCAAGUUAUAAGCAAAAAGAUCAAUUAAAUCUAAAGCAGAUAUCAAUCUCACCAUCAGGUUAUAAGCAACAAGGUCAACAUAACCCAAGGCAGAUACCAUCAGCAAUUCCACCUCCCUAUUACAACAAGCCAUAUAAAAAUACGAUUAUCAAUUCUAAAAAUGGUCAAAGAAAUCAAGUCUGCCGUUUUUGCCUUCAAAAUGGAGAAAGAGAAGAAUUCUACCGCAACCAUCAAUUAAAAGGUCAUAAUGGAAAAGUUACAUGCCCAAUAUUGCGAAAAUAUGUUUGCGAUAUCUGUAAUGCUACAGGAGAUAAUGCACACACAAGGGCUUAUUGUCCUUUCUAUGAAGAAAAGAAUAAAAAACCGCUUGCAGUGAUUUUGAAACAAACAUACCAUGAUAGUUGUGGUCGCAUUAGAAAAUAAUCAUUUCUAUAAUUAAUUCUUUUAAAUAAAAUCUA